UUAAAAAAGUAUGGGAUUACAAAGCCAGCUAAACGACGUGUCCUCCGAUUCGAUCCCGCUUCUCCUCGUAGCCGUAAUCGCAAAGUGCGUCGGCUAUCUCCGGAGUCUCCUCUUUGGUUUCCUCCAUGCACUUGGGCUUUUCCUUUGCCCGGAACAGCCCACCACCGCCAUGGAAGACGUCGGGAUCAUAGGUUCCGGCCUCUCCACCCUCAUGGUACUCGCCGAGAAGGUCAACUUAAACAAGGCCUUCUCGUACGAAUAUUGCGGCGGCGGAAAGGGCUCCGAUUGCAUCCUGUGCUUGUGCGGGAUGAGACAUGGGGAACAGGUGAGGAAACUGGAUUGCUGCCAUGUAUUCCAUAAGGAUUGCUUCGAUGGCUGGCUCGAUCAUCUCAAUUUUAAUUGCCCGCUUUGUCGAUCCCCUCUGAAAACCGUUGAUCGGAGCGUGAAUUGCACGCGUAAGCGCGUUGGUCAAGAUUUAUUCGCCUGGUUUUGUUUGGCCUGA